CAAACGAGACAUGGACUUGUAUUAACGCGGUCGUUCGGUGCUCUGUCCACUUAACGACAGUCUGCGCGCGGACGAAGCGCAGCCUCGAUGAGCUUUCUUUUCGGCCGUGGUCACAAACACACGCAGGCUACGAAAUAAGAGAACGCUGCACUUCACUUGCGUUACAGUUAAAAACGCGCAGCCGUCGUCGCCAGUCAGCCAGUUCCUCCGUGGUCGCAGGUGUCCAGAUACUCUAAAAGCCGCAUCUGCCGGCUAAUUCCCAAACCAGCUCACACUUCCUGUGUCUUUACUUCGUUGGCCGCCGUUGGAUAUUAUGUGCUUUAUAUGACAAACCGCUGCGUUUAAAGGUUGUGCUGCAUGUAACGUAAGACGUCAGUGGAGCCGUAGGCUGUGUGAUGAACCAUUUCCUCGAUUAUGUCUCUGCAUUUUAUGAGAUGAUUUCCGUGCUGAACUGAAGAAUCACCUGCACAGUAAAGACAUGGGUCUCGGACAGUCCAGCAAAACACCUGUCGCCACGGACAAUGAAGACGUGAACUUUGACCACUUCCAGAUCCUUCGGGCCAUUGGGAAGGGUAGUUUUGGAAAGGUGUGCAUUGUGCAGAAGAGAGACACCAAGAAGAUGUACGCCAUGAAGUACAUGAACAAGAUGAAGUGCGUGGAACGGAACGAGGUCCGCAACGUCUUCAAGGAGAUGCAGAUCAUGCAGAACCUGGAGCACCCCUUCUUAGUCAACUUCUGGUACUCGUUUCAGGACGAGGAGGACAUGUUCAUGGUGGUGGACCUGCUUUUGGGAGGGGACCUGCGGUACCACCUCCAGCAGAACGUGCACUUCUCAGAGAGCACGGUCAAGCUGUACGUGUGCGAAAUCGCCCUGGCGCUGCAAUACCUGAGGAGUAAACGCAUCAUACACAGGGACAUCAAACCAGACAACAUUCUGCUGGAUGAAGACGGCCACACGCAUCUGACGGACUUCAACAUCGCCGCCGUGGUAAAGGACGACUUGCGAGCCACGUCCAUCGCCGGGACAAAGCCAUACAUGGCUCCCGAGCUGUUCCAGCCCUUUGAGGGGACCCAUCCCGGCUACUCCUUCUCAGUGGACUGGUGGUCUCUGGGCAUCACAGCUUACGAGCUCUUACGAGGACAGAGGCCCUACGUCAUGCGGUCCAGCACUCCGGCCAAUGAGAUCUUGCAGACCUUCCACAACGUCCACGUCAGCUACCCGGCCGCCUGGUCCACGGAGAUCAAGUUCUUACUGGGAAAGCUGCUGCAGGUGAGCGUGGAGAAGCGCCUCUCCAGCCUGUCCGAGCUGCAGGAUUUGGAGUACCUGUCUGACGUCAACUGGGACGCCGUCCUGGCCAAGCAGGUCCCGCCGGGAUUCAUUCCCAAUAAGCGCCGGCUGAACUGUGACCCCACCUUCGAGCUGGAGGAGAUGAUCCUGGAGUCCAAACCGCUCCAUAAGAAGAAGAAGCGCCUGGCGAGGAAGACGAAGGAGCAGGGCUCCAACAGCUCGCCCCAGACGGACAAACUGCAGCAGCGCCUGGAGAACAUCCAGAGAGACUUCAUCGUCUUCAACAGAGAGAGAUUAAGGAGAGCCAAGGAGGACGAAGAGGGCAACGACAUCAGCGCAAAAGAAAAAUAUGACAUCAUCGAAGAUGGACAGAACAAUAACAUAGACCCUGCGUCCUACGUAUCAGGAUAGCAACCUGCGUUAAUGGAGUCUGUGUUGCCUGGCUACAGAUCUUAAAAUGACCAGUGCUGCCCCCUACUGGUGGAUCAGGUCCUGGACUCCCGGACCCAGGAAGGGGGGGGAAUGUGACCCGCUCAGAUCACAGAACCUUUGAGGCGUCCGACCCGAUUGGGUCUACCGCCAAAACCCUCUGCCUUGGCAUUAGAGAAACCGCGCUCAGGAAUGUAAUUGGGUUCUGACUUCAGACCGUGCUUUGUAAAUGCCUCACUGUGCAAUCAACUGCUUAGUGCUAUUUAGAGCUGGGUUGUCCAAUCUAGCCCAAAAAGGGCCGGUGUGGAUGCAGGUUUUGGUUAUAGCCCAGCGGUAUACUUACGUCUACUUAUCAAGCUCUUGAUUGGAGACCAUUAUUAGGUAAUUAGGUGAAUCAGGUGUUGUAGUUGCUGGGCUAAAACAAAAACUGGCACCCCCACCAGCACUUUGCAGAUAAUUCGGACACCCCUGCUGUUUUUUUA